GCGAUUUGCUGCUAUAUUUUUAGCCGUAUUUCAGUCUUAUUUCACAAAAUUUUACUGUAAAACAUUUCAUAAAGGAUACUUGUCAACGGUAGGAGCAGUUGCAGCCAAAAGAUUUGUUAGUUAUCCUGCGUAGCAUCAAAGUUAGACCAGAAGCAGUUAGCAUUAGCAGGAAUCGAAAUGGAUUACAACUCGUACAACAACAAAGUUUUUUCCGCACCCAGCCAACCGGUUCCCGGUAGUUCCGGCUUCUUUCCAGCGACCACAUCGGCACCGUUUUUGAAAGUGCCAAAUCCAAGCCUUGUUUUGAAACAGGAAAGUAGUUCUUCUGAACCGAAUAGUGGAACGGCUACGCCUCCUGUUAAUUAUAGCCAGAGUGCCCAACACUAUUUGGAUCCUAUUGGGCAUCAUGGGGAUAAACAUGUUUUCUACGGGAAACCUCUUGAUCUACAGUUGGUUUCGAACCCUUACCUGCCGCAUACGCAAACCACGGUCAUCGGUCAGCAGCAAGUUCCUUUCCACAUGACACACGAAUACCAUCAUGAGCAUUCCAAUGCGUCGAGCAUUAGUUCGACGGUAGAUCACCAUCAGCCGUACAGUAUUCAUGCUUCUCCGGUUCCCCAUAGUAAUACUAAUGUGGUCGUACAGCAUUCCGUACAGGUGCCUCCUGUAGUAAUCCCUAAAAUUACAUACGCAUGUGAAAUUUGUACGAAGACAUUCGAUUCCAAAGCCAAGCUGGACAAACACCAACGGAGUCACAACGAAGAUUUAACGUUCGAAUGUCGGGUGUGUGAUAAGAAGUUCCGGUCUCAGAACACGCUUACUUGUCACGAAAAGGUUCACGGCGAGAAUGGCGUGGAUAAUAAUUUUUCCUGCGUUACUUGUGGGAAGGUUUUCAAAUCCGAUGAUAAGCUACAAAUUCAUAUGCGUUUGCAUACGGGUGAAAAGCCAUACCAAUGCAAAAUUUGCAUGAAAUGUUUUAAUCAUCAGUCGAACUUGAUUGCCCAUUCCAGGACUCAUGAGAAAGUUCGGAAAGCACUCAAAUGUGAUCGUUGCAACAAGGUACUGGACAACGAGGAACGCAUGGCGAUCCACAUGAGACUGCACACCGGUGAAAAGCCAUACAAGUGCUCCUAUUGUGACAAGCUAUUUAAUCACAAGAGCACGGUUUGCACUCACGAAAAAACGGUUCACAUCCAGGCCAAUGCUUACAAGUGCGAGCGAUGCCACAAAACGUUCAAUCAAAAGUGUCAGUUACAAUAUCACGAGAAGCUGCAAGAAGCGCAUACGAUCGCGUGCACAUUGUGUGAAAAGGUGUUUUGUUACAAAGCAAGUCUUAAAGAGCACACGUUCCGGGUGCAUUUCCCUCGAAAGAAUAGAAAAGAUCGACUAGCUGGUCUCAACAUAAACAACGAAGGCCGAAAUAAGUUCUGCUGUGGCAUCUGUGAUCGUCGAUUCUACUACAAGCGUGCUCUGACAAUGCACAUGGGAGUUCAUGAUGCCUCGCUGGAUGUAAAUGCUCUUUAUUUCUCCUGUAAUUAUUGCCCGGAAACAUUCACCGAUGAAGAACCACUACUUAAGCACGAAGCUGAACACGUGGCAAAUAAUACUACCAAUUUCAUGGAAAAUAUGCUGGAGUUGGAUAAAUCCGAAGAUCCAGAGAAUGUCCUCGGACGGUAUCGCUGCCCCCUAUGUUUUAAUCGUUUCGACGACCUUCCAUCGCUUCAUGAACAUCACAAAACACAUAUCUGUUCCAAUCCGGAAGAAUGCGACAAAUGUAAGCCAACCCUGGCCGAAGAUAACGAUUUCACCGGUAGCAAUUACGAUGAAAACGACGAUAACCGUACCAUACAGUGUCAGAUUUGCGAACGAACGCUGCCAACGUUCGAGUUGUUCCAGAAUCACUUCCACUAUCAUACGUCACGGGUUCCGUUCUAUUGCUACCAGUGCCGGGAGGAAUUCCCGGACAAGAAGGAACUCUAUGCCCACUCGAAAUCACACGCACCGAAGGAGGCGGAUCCGCACACGUGUGAGAUUUGUUCCAAAGUGUUUUCGACUAGGGGCAACUUUAGGCGCCACCUAAAAUCUCACGAAGCCGUCCGGGCGUUUGCGUGCGACCGUUGUUUCAAGCAGUUUGAUUACAGAAGUGAACUGGAUCUGCAUUUGAAAAAAUCUCAUGGAAUAGAGUACUCGUAAGCAGUGGUCCAGCUCUGGAUUAUAACGGUUAUGGUUUAGCGGUGCGCCUAGUUGAACUUUGUGUACACACUAGAUAUUUCUUAGAAGAGAAAAAGGUUUUAACAGAUCUUUAACAUAUAAUUUUACAAUUCUAGAUUACUUA